CUCUUACCAUCGUACGCGUAGGACGUGAAUAUCAAUGCAGCUAACUAGGCUAGCCAUAGCAAUGUACAACCAGACGUAUCAAUUCCCUAUGGAUCCUGAGCGACACUGCAAAACCCUCUCAUUUUCCACCACCCCGUUGGUUUCCACGAAGAAAAAAUGGGUCAUGACCUGAGAUACUGUUCUGGCUAAUCGUCCAGUUUGGUGAAGGUCGAUGGCAAGAACUUACCCACUUGGCCAGCCAUUUUUCCAGGAUCACGAACCCCUUUAUUGCGUGUCGUUCUCUUGGGACAGGAGGUGCGUAGCAUAUGGUGGAGACAAUAUUCAAACGAACUUCACUCCAUGGAUGGUCAAAGUGGUGCCCAUUCCUCAAGAAGGCGACAGAGAAGUUGUGCAGGAGGAAAUUCGUCUGGAGUGUCAUUGUCUUGUCUCAAUGCUGAUGCUAUGAGAGGUGAUGGCAUCAUCGAGGAUGCUCACGAUGAUUUAUAUGACAACUUCUUCACGGUAAAACUCAUGCGAAGGGUACUACAUCAUGUUUCAUCAGAUUAUUUAAGCAGUUCUGCUUCUUGUACACGCGUUCUACUACGGACAUAUACUAGUGGACUCGAAGCAAUCACGGUUGUGCGAGGCACCAAGAAUGACAAGGAAGUGUGGGGGGUCGAAGGUAGUGAGACGUUGCAGGACGUUGCACUUGGAGCGUGGGGAGAGCAGGAGCUUGAGGGAGCAAGCGACCGUGCAAGGACGACAGGAAGUGCAGGAGGUCGAACUGGGAAAUGGGAGACUGCAGUAGGUCGUGACGGCAGCACCGAGUUAGCGCGAGCACAAGGAAGGUCCUUGUUGGAUGUAUGGGGCAAUGGAGAACAACAGGAGGAUAACGGAAGGGUGGAGAAGGGUCUUGGUUGGGGGUGUAGGGGCCGCGAUCGACGGGAGGUCGUGGUUGAUAGCGACAUUCAACGUAGACUUUCAGAAGCACAAGUGACAAGAGCGGUUGUUUGGAUCUAA